AAAAAGUCUUCUCUUUGAAGCAGUCAGAAAGAAAGUGUAGAUCUGGAAUCUUUCAGUUAUGCUCAAAUUAAACUCUUUAGAGUCAUUAAUGUGUGAUGAUUAGUUAUUUGCCUUGUGAGUUAUUCAGUAAUGUAGUAAUGCUAACUGCAUGUUUACACUUCGAAUUAAUUUUCAAAAGCACUUAGACUUAGUAUUCUAAUAACAGUCUCCGAAGCCUUGAUCCCCCUUACUGGCCCAAUAUGUGAUGUUGCUACAAGGUCUUCAGCUCUUAGUAAUUACAAAGAGAGAGUUGAUUUGAUAUUGUUAAGUCAUGCUGAAAUUGAAAUCUUUAGAGUCAUCAGCUCAGAAAUAUAGUUAUGAUGUAUUUUUGAGUUUUAGCGGUGCAGAUACUCGCAAAACGUUUACGGAUCAUCUGUAUAAUGCGUUGAUAAAUGAAGGACUAAUCACUUUCAGAGAUGAUGAGGAGAUUGAGAAGGGGGAGAGCAUCAAAUCUGAACUGGAAAAUGGUAUCCAGCAGUCAAGAAGCUGGAUCGUUGUGUUCUCAAAGAACUAUGCAUUUUCGAGUUGGUGCCUUGACGAACUUGUGUUGAUUCUUGAGUGCAGUAACAAUUCGAAACGUCUUCUAUUACCGAUAUUCUACCAUGUCGAUCCAUCUGAUGUUCGCAAACAAUCUGGUUGUAUAUCUGAAGCAAUAGAUCACCAUGAGGAGAAAUUCAAGAGGGAGGUGGAUGAGACAAAAAGGAAGAAUAUGAUGGACAAAAUAGAGCGAUGGAGGACUGCUCUUACUCAGCUUGCCGAUUUGGGAGGCAUGCCUUUGCCAAACGUGGCUGAUGGGUAUGAAUCAAAAGUUAUCCAGAAAAUAGCUAACAUACUGAAGGAUAAAGUGACUUGUAACACCUUAAGUAUGACAGGACAUCUAGUUGGAAUUGGUCCUUCAGUGCAGGACAUCAGUUUAUGGUUAAGAAAUGGUUCUGAGACUGUGGAAGUGUUCGCACUUUAUGGUGUUGGAGGAGUGGGAAAGACAACCAUUGCCAAAUACGUCUACAACAUGAACUUCCAACUAUUUGAAGGUGGCAGCUUUUUGGAAAACAUAAGAGAAUAUUCUGAACGCUCUGAUGGUUUAGUGUGUCUACAAAGACAACUCCUUUCUAGUAUUUCCAAACGAAAGUCACCAACAAUAAAAAAUAUUAAUGAUGGCCUGCUUAAGAUAAAAAAUGCCCUUCAUCACAGAAAGCUUCUCAUAGUCUUGGAUGAUGUGGAUCAAGUUGAACAACUAGAUGCAGUAUUUGGGAUGCGAGAGUGGUUUCACCAGGGAAGCAAAAUUAUCGUAACCACUCGGAAUGUGCAUUUGCUAAAUGCUUUUGAACAUUGUACGAGAUAUACUAUAAAAACAUUAAAUUCUGAUGAUUCAUUGGAGUUGUUCAGUUGGCAUGCAUUCCAAGACAAUAGCCCCCCAGAAUGUUACAUAGAGCAGUCAGAGAGGAUAAUAAAGCAAUGCCAAGGUCUUCCUUUAGCUCUUAAGGUUCUAGGGGCUUCUCUACGUGGCAAGAAGUUAGAUGUUUGGAGGUGUGCGAUAGAAAAACUGGAAAUCAUUCCUCACUGCAAAAUCCAGAAGAUUUUGAGAAUAAGUUAUGACUCUUUGCAAGAUGACCAUGAUAGAGAUUUGUUUCUGGAGAUUGUGUGUUUCUUUAGUGGAGAGGCCAAGUCUUUCGUGGUUGGGAUACUAGAUGAAUGUGAUUAUUACACAUUAAUUGGAAUUGAUAAUCUUAUUGAUAGAUGUUUAUUGAAGACUGAUAAAUAUGGAAAUAUUAAAAUGCAUCAAUUAGUUCAGAGCAUGGGUAGAGAAAUAAUACGCCAGCAAUCACCUAGAGAUCCAGGUCUAAGGAGUAGACUGUGGCACUACAGAGACUCCCUCAAAGUAUUAAAAGAUGAAACAGGCACCGGAGCAAUUGAAGGUCUUGCACUAGAAAUGAAAAAACUAAUGCAUAUCAGGCAGAGUUGGGAACAAAAGCUUUUUCCAUGAUGCACAAGCUGAGACUACUUAAGCUGAAUAAUGUACGACUAAGUGGAGGU